GGCCUUAAAAAGACCUCUGCAGAAGAAUAGCUGAUAUGGAAAAGAAAGAACGGGCUUGGGCUGGCGUGGUUCGUAGGAUAGUGACAUUUUCUUUUGCUUUCCUGGUCCUGGCAGGGGUAACAUGGGCAUUCGUCGACAGUAUUCCCUUAGUAACAGAUGAAUACAGAAUCUUGGCGUUUGGUAUUUAUGGAGCCUUUCUUGCUGUCCACCUCAUCAUCCAGAGCUUCUUUGCAUUCCUGGAACACAAGAAGAUGAGAAGAAGUGGAAACUCUUGUUCUUACACCAAAACGGUGGCCUUGACUAUCUCAGCCUACCAGGAAGAUCCAGCCUAUCUUCGAGAAUGUCUGGAGUCUGUCAAAAAUACAGACUACCCGCCGGACAAACUUAAGGUUAUAAUGGUCAUUGACGGUAACAGAGAAGAAGACCAAUAUAUGAUGGACAUGUUCAAAGAAGUGUUUGCAGGUGAGGACGUAGGGACAUACAACUGGAAGUAUAACUACCAUUCAUGGGAUAUAAACAAAGAAGCACACUGCUUCACAAGCGAUGAAAAUCAGGACAUGGGCAAAGACACUUUGUGGAUGACACCAGGGCUACCCGACGAUGGAAUGGCAUAUCAGACGGCAUCAGACACCAAUCCUAGCGAAGGAGUGUAUGACGAACUAGAGGAGCCAGAUUUGCCUGCAUACACCGAUAUUUUGAUUGAAGAUCCUGGAAGAGGAGAAGUUGAACAUCUCAUUAAAACCAAGAGAUGUGUGUGCAUCAUGCAAAAGUGGGGAGGAAAGAGGGAAGUCAUGUAUACCGCAUUCAAAGCCCUUGGAGAUACAGUAGAUUAUGUCCAGGUUUGUGACUCAGACACCAAACUCGACUCCUUGGCCACCGUCGAACUCGUGAAGGUCCUGGAAUCCAAUGAUCGUUAUGGCGCAGUGGGAGGAGAUGUGCGGAUCCUGAACCUCUCAGAUUCCUAUAUCAGUUUUAUGAGCAGCCUGAGGUACUGGAUUGCCUUCAACGUGGAGAGAUCCUGCCAGUCCUACUUUGACUGUGUUUCUUGCAUUAGUGGGCCCCUCGGGCUUUAUCGUAAUGACCUUCUCCAGGCAUUCCUUGAAUCCUGGUACAAUCAGAAGUUUUUGGGAACCCAUUGCACUUUCGGAGAUGACCGUCACCUUACAAACAGAAUGCUCAGCAUCGGCUACGCCACCAAAUAUACAGCAAGGUCGAAGUGCUACUCGGAGACACCUGCCCAAUUCUUGCGUUGGCUGAACCAGCAGACUCGUUGGACCAAGUCUUACUUUCGAGAAUGGCUCUACAAUGCCCUGUGGUGGCACAAGCACCAUCUGUGGAUGACCUACGAGUCUAUAAUUGCCGGUGUUUUCCCAUUUUUUGUCACUGCCACUGUGAUUAAGCUCUUCUUCAGCUGCCAUUUGUGGGACAUAAUGUGGGUCCUCCUCUGCAUCCAGCUCAUUGCCACAAUUAAGGCCUUAUAUGCCUGCCUUCUUCGAGGGAACAUGGUCAUGAUAUUCAUGUCUCUUUAUGCUGUUUUGUACAUGGUGGGUCUCCUUCCCACAAAGUACUUUGCUAUUCUGACCAUGAACAAGAGCAGCUGGGGGACAUCUGGAAGGAAGAAGAUGGUUGGAAACUAUAUGCCUCUACUCCCGCUAUCCAUAUGGGGUGCAAUUUUACUAGCAGGCCUAAUAUACACCAUCGUCAUGAUGUCCAUAUGCAGUAACUGUAGGCUGAUAGAUGUAGAGAAAUAUUACCUUAUAUAUGGAUCUGCUGCCUACAUUAGUUACUGGUUGAUAAUGAUUAGUCUCUACUGGUUGUGGAUUAGACGACUUUGUAGGAAGAGAUCAGACUACUACGACAUUCACGACUGAUGAACUUCUCAAAUUUAGAACUGUCAGCUCUACCAGAGAACACUACUGGCUUUUGAAGACUAAAAAAGAAUGAAAAAAUAUAUAUCUUCAACUACCUGUUUUCAACCACUAUCCAAUAGAUUUUUCCCCAUGAAUAAAUAAUGCUGGACUUUGAAGUCUUCUACAUUGAAGGACGUGAAGGAACAUGUUUGGAUCCCACCAGAAGACUUAGUCUAUAUGGCCCACAUUGAUGUGUAUGAAUAUUUUAACGAAGAAGGAAAUAUUAGACAUGUAACUAAUUGUGAAAUACCUGAUUUGUGUUCACGUGCAGUCUUUUCUCAACAUAUUCUUAUAUCAUACUAUGUGCCCUCUCAUCUCCGGUCACGUCGGGAAACCCCACCGUGGACCUCUGUCUUUGGGAUGCAUUGGGUUGUAAUAAUAGUGAAACCGUGAAGACUACCAUAUUUAUUAGGCUAGAGUCUACGUUUACAGUCAACUACUAAUGUGCACUAAGGAUUGUUAUUUAAAAGAAAAGUUACUUGGAAAUAUAUGGAAAUGUUUUAUAUUAUUUAUUUUAGUUUUUGUGGUUUAUGUGUAUAAGAUUAUUAUUUUUAUCUGUAUACUUGUUGUUUUCUUUGGAAAAUAAAUGCAUUAUUUUUAUUAA